AUGGCCAUGCAUGGAGGUGGUGCAGGUAUGUCGGGCAAGGAGAGUUGUCUGCCAUACCAGUUGAUCACGAACGGCACAGGCAGCAACGGCGGCAGCAGCGACCGGACUCUACCUACGCCCGGCAGCCGGCAGUAUACGUCUUCGAUGAGCGGCACGUCCACGCUCGACGCACUACCACUGUCGGCGCUCUCGCAUCGUUCAUCGAUCGGUUGGUCCACCGACUCCGCCUCUUCGGCCAGCCAUAUCUCCAGCCAAACCAGCGUCACGGGUAGCAGUAUCGCCGGGCAUGAUUUCAGUGGAGAGCGCUCAGACGGACACCGCACCAGCGACUCUCAAGAAAUAGCCUUCAACUAUCUCGGCUUCAGUAACAGCCCGCAGGCUAGCAUGCCGAAUAGCACGCUUCCAGGUGCAAACGACGACCUCAGCAGCAGUAACAGCAGCCUCACGUACCGUCUCAGCAAGAACGACUCCCAAAUCAGUGACAUUGACCAUUCCAGCACCAUGCCCGGACAAGUCUCGCACCAGCAACGUUGCCGGACCAUUUCAGCAUCCAGCACACCCAACCUCAUCCCCACCACCAGUCAAUGUUGUCACGGCAGCCUCAGCGGCAACGUUCAGGCCGAGUCUAGCAAUCACAACAGUAACAACAACAACAACUCCGGCGACCUAUCCGACUCCGGCGCAUCCUCCGCCGCAGCGUUGACUUCCAGCUCCACGACAGCGUCCAUUAUCGCGGCAUCUGCGGGUCCUGGCGGUAACUCGACAGCCUCGUCCUCCCUGGCAGACGCGUAUGGUUACACAGCCGCCCCGUCUGUCACGCACCGCACUCAAUCUCAAACACGGGGCGUCGGCUUGGGUACUGCUUCGGGAUCGGGGGAGGGGCUGGGGCUGGGCCGGCCUUCCAACGGUUACACGUAUACACGUGCCAGUGGAGUCAAGGAUUACGGCGGUGGUGUUGCUGCCGGUGCCGGCGGUGGUCGCGCUGAGGACUAUGCAGCUGCGGGCCUGCAGGGAUCGGAGGGUUUGAGCAUUGGGAUUGGUGGAUCGUGCCAGCCUGCUUCGUCAACGGCCGGCAGUGUGGGUCUGGGCGGCGGUGGUGGUGGCAGCAGGGCGAAUGUGGCGAGUAUCAGUAACCUGGCUGGAUACUGA